AUGUCAGACCAGAUACCCACUAGAACUUUCCCAGAAGUUUCCAAAGUUUCAGAAGCUUACCCAGCUACUGGUUGUUUAACCUCAUCAUCGCCUCCAUGUAACCUUAGUCUUAAUGGUGGGGAAUCAACCUUUAAAGACAUUCCAAAUGGUUCUACACUUUGCACAGUGAAUACGAAGACUAUAAAUGCUACUUUUGAAAAUGGAGUACAGUCACAAGAAGACUCAGCAAAAGGAGGAACAUGGAAGGUAAUUCCAAACAUCACCACUAGCAACAAAUUUGAUAAUCUUGUUAUUGAACUGCAAGGUCUUGUGCAAUUAGAUUUGGAAAAAUCUGCUUCUCCUGAAUCAAGUGUUCUGGCUACAAAAAUUAAGAACAUUGAUG